CCCCCGCUCCCCCGCAGGGCAGGGGCCGGCCGCGGCUGGCGUCGGCGGGGCGUGGAGGAACGGCAACGGCGGCGGCAGCCGCAUCCUCGCCGCCUUUCCCGGCCGGGCCGCGUACCGGAGCCGUCGGGCAUGGAGCCGUGGAAGCAGUGCGCGCAGUGGCUCAUCCACUGCAAGGUGCUGCCCGCCAACCACCGGGUGACCUGGGACUCGGCGCAGGUGUUCGACCUGGCGCAGACCCUCCGCGAUGGAGUCCUGCUCUGCCAGCUACUCAACAAUCUCCGGGCGCACUCCAUCAACCUGAAGGAGAUCAACUUGAGGCCGCAGAUGUCCCAGUUUCUCUGUUUGAAGAACAUAAGGACAUUCCUCACGGCCUGUUGCGAGACCUUUGGAAUGAGAAAGAGUGAACUCUUUGAAGCAUUUGACCUGUUUGAUGUUCGUGACUUUGGAAAGGUUAUAGAAACACUAUCACGACUUUCUCGCACACCUAUAGCGUUGGCCACAGGAAUCAGGCCCUUUCCAACAGAAGAGAGCGUUAGUGAUGAAGACAUCUACAAAGGCCUUCCUGACUUAUUAGAUGAAUCACACGUAGAAGAUGAAGAAGGUCUUUACGACUGUGUUUAUGGGGAAGAUGAAGGAGGAGAAGUCUACGAGGACUUAAUGAAAGCAGAGGAGGCACAUCAACCCAAAUGUCCAGAAAAUGACAUACGAAGUUGCUGCCUAGCAGAAAUUAAGCAGACAGAAGAAAAAUACACAGAAACACUGGAGUCAAUAGAAAAAUAUUUCAUGGCACCACUAAAAAGAUUUCUGACAGCAGCAGAAUUUGAUUCAGUAUUCAUCAACAUUCCUGAGCUUGUAAAAGUUCAUCGGAACCUAAUGCAAGAGAUUCAUGAUUCCAUUGUAAAUAAAAAUGACCAGAACUUGUAUCAAGUUUUCAUUAACUACAAGGAAAGGUUGGUUAUUUAUGGGCAGUACUGCAGUGGAGUGGAAUCGGCCAUCUCUAGUUUAGACAACAUUUCUAAGACAAAAGAAGAUGUGAAACUGAAAUUAGAGGAAUGUUCCAAAAGAGCAAAUAAUGGAAAAUUCACUCUUCGAGAUUUGCUUGUGGUUCCUAUGCAACGUGUUUUAAAGUAUCACCUUCUCCUCCAGGAACUGGUCAAACAUACCACUGAUCCUAUGGAGAAGGCAAAUCUGAAAUUGGCUCUUGAUGCAAUGAAGGACUUGGCACAAUAUGUGAAUGAAGUGAAAAGAGAUAAUGAGACCCUUCGUGAAAUUAAACAGUUUCAGCUCUCUAUAGAAAAUCUGAACCAACCAGUUUUGCUUUUUGGACGACCUCAGGGAGAUGGUGAAAUUCGAAUAACCACCCUAGACAAGCAUACGAAACAAGAAAGGCAUAUCUUCUUAUUUGAUUUGGCAGUGAUUGUAUGUAAAAGGAAAGGCGAUAACUAUGAAAUGAAGGAAAUAAUAGAUCUUCAGCAAUACAAAAUAGCCAACAAUCCUACAACUGAUAAAGAAAAUAAAAAGUGGUCUUAUGGCUUCUACCUCAUCCAUACCCAAGGACAAAAUGGGUUAGAAUUUUAUUGCAAAACAAAAGAUUUAAAGAAAAAAUGGCUGGAACAGUUUGAAAUGGCUUUAUCGAACAUAAGGCCAGACUAUGCAGACUCCAAUUUCCAUGAGUUCAAGAUGCACACCUUCAAUCGGGUUACAUCCUGCAAAGUCUGCCAGAUGCUUCUGAGAGGAACAUUUUAUCAAGGCUAUUUAUGUUUUAAGUGUGGCGUGAGAGCACACAAAGAAUGUUUGGGAAGAGUAGACAAUUGUGGCAGAGUUAAUUCUGCUGAACAAGGGACGCUCAAACCACUGGAGAAACGGGCCAAUGGACUCCGAAGAAGCCCCAGACAGGUGGAUCCAGGUUUACCAAAGAUGCAGGUCAUUAAGAACUAUACUGGAGUACCUCCCCCAGCUCUUCAUGAAGGACCCCCACUGCAUAUCCAGGCAGGGGAUACGGUUGAACUUUUGAGAGGAGAUGCACACAGUCUGUUUUGGCAGGGUAGAAAUUUAGCAUCUGGAGAGGUUGGAUUUUUUCCAAGUGAUGCUGUCAAGCCUUGCCCAUGUGUGCCCAAACCAGUAGAUUAUUCUUGCCAACCCUGGUAUGCUGGAGCAAUGGAAAGAUUGCAGGCAGAGACUGAACUUAUUAAUAGGGUAAAUAGUACUUACCUUGUGAGGCACAGGACCAAAGAGUCAGGAGAAUAUGCAAUUAGCAUUAAGUACAAUAAUGAAGCAAAGCACAUCAAGAUUUUAACAAGAGAUGGCUUUUUUCACAUUGCAGAAAAUAGAAAAUUCAAAAGUUUAAUGGAACUUGUGGAGUACUACAAGCAUCAUUCUCUUAAAGAAGGUUUCAGAACCUUGGAUACGACCCUACAGUUUCCAUACAAGGAGCCUGAACAUUCAGCUGGACAGAGGGGUAAUAGAGCAGGCAACAGCUCCCCUUCUUUGUUCUGUGGGUUUUCUUUUGUAACUCCUCCAGACUACAGCUUUGUUCCCCCUUCUUCCACUCCUUUCUGGUCAGUGCUAAGUCCAAAAGUGCUGGGCAUUGCCAUUGCUCGGUAUGACUUCUGUGCCAGAGACAUGCGAGAGUUAUCCUUGCUGAAAGGUGACGUGGUGAAGAUUUACACGAAAAUGAGUGCGAAUGGCUGGUGGAGAGGAGAAGUAAACGGCAGGGUGGGCUGGUUUCCAUCCACGUACGUGGAAGAGGAUGAAUAAAUUGCACCCCAGAGUUGCACCCUGCACCAGAAAUCUCAGAGGAGGGAUACACAGAAGCCCGCACAUCAUUGGGAAUUAACUGAAGUGUUUAAAAAGCCACAUUUCUGGCUCUUCAACCUCCUCCCUCCUCUCCCCCUCCUGUCUUAAUGCUGGGAUUUCUAAAGAUGCUGGGUACUGACAGAUUAAUGGCUUGCCUCGAGCUGUGCAAGAAACAGCCUGCCAGUCUGUCAUUGUUGGGGACCAGGGCAAAGCCCAAAGCUGCUUUUCCCAAAAGAGCCCUGCAAACACAUUGGUUCGUGUUCCUUUUUACUCCAUGCGGUCAGACACCAUGAACGCCAGCUAUUAGUAAAUGUGGAACACAUAUUUACGUUCUUCUCACGUGCCAUUCGCCAGAAUUUUGGAUGGUACAAAGAAGCAGGAGUUUCAUUUUGCUUUUCCCAGCAUGAGGAAAAAUUUGAGUUUUGCUCUUUGGGCAGCUUACGGGAAAGGUCCAGCACUGCUCGUGUCUUCAGUUGUCUCAUAAGGUGACUCAUUGCCUGGCAAACUCUUUAACACCCAGAUGUGACUCAUGAUAAAAUAGAAGAGGCAAAUGCUCAGGUUUGCUUUAUAAGUGACGUAUCCCAGAGGGGUUUUAAUUAUUCAUUUGAUGUUCUGAUUAUAUUUGCAAACUUCUUUAUAAAAAAAAUUACAUAAAAGCGAGUGUCUUCCUAUUAAAUUUUCACAACCUUCGUGAUUUCGUAGGGUUAUUUUGGAAAUGUGUACUUGAUGAAAUAAUCUGGGCUGGGUAGGUUCUAGUUCCAAGUAACCUGGGUAAGGUGACGUUGUUUACAGAAAUAGAUCAAGGGCUAUAAUUGAGAGUAAGUCAUUUUAUAGAAGCAACAUCUAUGAAAAUAGGCCUUCCUGCCCGCCCCCCCCCCCCCCCCCCCCCCGAAAAAAAAAAAAAAAAAAAAAGACCUGGUACAUAUCUGCUGAAUCUCACAUUUUCCUGGAGUAUUUACAGCAGCACAAGUAACUUUGCUGUGGAUCUUGCAAGGGAAACACAGCUGGGUCCUUUAUGCAUUUCUGGGAGGGGAGAGUCCCUAAGGCUUUUCUGGUCUUAUUCGCUGUGGGCUCCCACCUUCUCACUAGGACCUUCCCAUCUGCAGGCCCUUUUGGGGUGUGUGCUGACAGGAAGAUCAGUUUUGCGGUGCAUUUAUUUGACCAAGCUUUUACUUUUUAUGUGAGAAGUUUAAAUAUGUUCUUCCUAGGAUAUAGAGUCCUCAGUCAAGGCAGUCAAGUUAAGACACUAACUUGGCCCUUUCCUGAUGAAAUAUUUUCCCCAGAGCAGAAGUCUUGUUCCAACACGAUUCAGAGAGUGUUUCAUGCUUGAAAAUAACAAAGCAAAACAUUAGAAGCAUUAACUUAACUAGAGCCAAACUAGGAACAUUCGGUUCUGAAAUUUUAGAUCAUCUCUGAAAUGUGAGGUAGGUGUGGCCUACCCUCUCCCCAACCCACUUUAAUGCCAGAACUUGAUGUUCAUUAGACACCUCCCCCUUCAGAGACCUUUGUGAGCUAGGACUUCUCAAAAGAUAGAUUCAGGACCUUUACCUCAAUUAUGUAAACUGUGAUUGCGUUUUAGAAAAGUUAUUGUUUGCUAAAACCAGUUAAGUUUUUGUAUAUGUGUAAAUGAUCACAAAAAUGAAUUUUAUAAAAUGUUCUUUCUGUACAGUCAAGUUGUACCCUUGAGACGCACUCUUGGAGUGGAUUCUUUCCUAUGAAGUCUUAUCUGUGACUGUGUCUCGGGAAUGUUUUGUCUGUUACUGUCAGCCAAAUGUUGUUAUGGAGAAAGUCGCGUCACACAAAAUGAAACACUCCUGUGUACAGUACUGUAGCUUGUACUGUUUCUUUUAUUGUUAUUUUAGCCAAUAGCCCCCCUCCUUUACAAGUGGUGUUUGGUCUUCUCGUUGCAUUUCAUGGACCUGGGGGUUUCCUAGCAGAGGACAUUAGAGCUCCUUUUCAUGACAUUACCGAUUACAUCUUUGUCUGUGUUUAAUACUUUGUAUUGGAAAUUUUAAAUGCUGCAGAUUUGUGUAGAUUUCUAAUACCAAAGACAGAAGUAAACGUUUCUUUCCAUAUGCUUUGUCUUGCCUGUAUGCUGCCAUUGUGUAAUAUGGUGAAUUAGAGAGGUAUUUCACUUUGUAAUAUUUUGUAAAUAUGUCAAUACAAUAGUUACUACUUGCAUUAAAUUGAUUUCUUGA